GGAAUACUUCCAUCAUCACUCGAAAUGGCACAACGUAACGCAAAUAAGGCAAACUUUACGCCGCUACCGCAUGGUCAGGCAAGACCAUUCAAGGUCGAAUUUGAUAAAAACGAUAUAGAUGAAUUACGACAAAAGCUUGAUUGGGUUCGGUGGGGACCUGAAUCAUUGCUUUACGAAGAAGAAGCAAAGACGAAUGCAGGUUUGCUGCCCACACAGACGUUACUGAAAGGCUUGGUAGACAAAUGGAAGUCAUCUGAUUUCAAAAAGAUGGAAGAAACAAUAAACAGACAAUCAAACUAUUUAGUUGAAAUUGAUUGGUGUAAACCAUUACACUUCAUUCACAAAAAGAGUUCGCGUAAAGAUGCAAUCCCGCUUUUACUCAUUCAUGGUUGGCCAGGAUCAUUUUUUGAAUUUUAUUUUGCGAUCGAUAAACUUUGUGAACCGGAAAAUGAAAACGAUCAAGCUUUUCACGUCGUUAUUCCUUCGCUACCAGGUUAUGCAUGGUCAAAAGGUCCUCCUACCAAAGCGCAAGGUGUUGGUGAUGUAGAUGGCUAUUCACGCAUUUUGGAUACACUCAUGAUGGACGUCUUGGGAUACGAAGCGUAUGCAUCGCAAGGUGGCGAUUGGGGAUCGGUUCAUGCCAGAUGUUUGGGUGCCAAAUUUGCACGACCAGAUGGCAAGACUGGUUGUCGAGCCGUCCAUUUGAACUUCUCACCGAUUGUACCACAAUGGGUUUGGGCAGUAAAAGCGUUGCCAGAUUGGAUAGUGACGGCCGCCAGCGAACGUUUACCGGGCGAGAUGGGCAAAAAUGUUCGAAAGCUUGACGGAUUUUACAAAAGUAUGGCAUAUUAUUGGAUUCAAGAACAUCGACCUCAACAAUUAGCAACGGGUUUAGUUGAUUCUCCAGUGGGUCUUUUGAGUUGGCUUUCAUUCUUUUGGGGCUUGCAGAUUGGUACAACGCCUUCCUUCUCUGAAGAAAGCAUGCUAACGAUCUGCACUGUAUACUUUGUAACACGCUCGAUCGGCACAUCAUUCUUGCCUUACCAUACAAACAAUUUCCUACCUUCGAUCCAUAGCGAUUCUGCAUACAAUGUCAGUCAAGCCACUUUAGGAUAUUCCGAUUACCCUAAAGAGAUUACCAAUACUUCUCAAGCAUGGUUAAAAGGAACAGGAAAUUUACGAUUUUAUGCAAAAGCACCAAAAGGUGGUCAUUUUGCCGCUUUGGAAGUUCCGGACAUCUUUGUCAAUCAUUUACGGGUCGCUUUUGCUAAUCAUGAUGAUGCCAAAGCCAAAGCGUUAAACAAAGAUAAACAACGAUUGGAACAACUUGACAUACAAUCAGCGUAUAUUACUGGUUCCCUUUGGCCAUCUCAUCUGCGGUCACAAGGCUCAAGUCGUCUGUAAAAUUGCUUGGUAUCAAUUCAAUGCAUUAUUUUGAGAGAGAUGGUAUGCUACAAAUUGUGUAUGUGUUUGCGUGAUCAAG